AUGUUCGCCGAUGACACCUCGACGCUCUGCGCCGGCAACUCCAUCGCCGUGACCCGGGACCGGGCGCAGCUGGCGGCCAACACGCUCGUGAAGUGGGCCCGCCGGAGUAAGAUGGAGGUCGCGGGUCAGAAGACGCAGCUGCUCGUCCUCUCCCAGAACCCCCGAGACGCCAUCGACUCACAUCCACGUGGCGGCUGGGGGCUGCAAGAACAGCAGCUGCGCGCCGUCGCAAACGGCUACGUGCGCGGUGCGAUAGAGCACGCGGCUGCUGCCUGGCUGCCGGCAGUGUCCAAGUCCAACAUCGAGAUCCUGGAGCGAGAGAUGCGCGCCGCGGCGAGGAUCGUCACAGGCUGCAUCCACUCCGCACCACACCACGGUGUGAUGGCCGAGGCUGGCAUGCUGCCCGUCGCGGCACGACGUACUGCGCUAACGGCGCGUAUGUUCGCGAAGGCUGCCGCGCUCCCGCCAGAGGACCCCCUCCGAGCGGUCGCCAUGGCUGACCCCCCUCAGCGCCUCAAGCUGGUCACGGGGUGGCGCCAAGUAGGCCGGGAGGCCCUGCGCGAGCUACGGGUCGAGCUGCCGGUUGAGGCCCUGCUACCAGAGCGACCGCCACCGUGGACGCCCACCGGCAAGAUCACCUUCAACCUGAGCAUUGGCGCGCUGCCCGCCGGUGCGGCGAGGUCCACGAAGAGAGACGCAGCGCUCCACCACCUGGCGUCCAUGACGCAGUGCGCGACGUGGGCGUGGACCGACGGCUCGUCGAGCGGCGGAAUUCUCCGCGGUGGGGCUGGCGUCCUCAUCGUCGGAGCUGAUGACAGCCGCACCGAGCUCCGUGUCCCAGCGGGCACACUCUGCUCCAGCUUUCGAGCGGAGAUGGUCGCCCUGCAGGUGACGCUGGACCACAUCCUGGAACACCAGCGGGACGCACCAGAACCGGUCAUCAUAUGCACCGACUCGCUGUCGGCGUUAGCGGCGCUGAGAGAGGGUCCGUCGGCACAGCGCUCGGCCAGAGGCGCUGCCAUAUGGAAGCAGCUGCUGGAGCUCACCGCCGGAGACCGAACGGUCACCCUCCAGUGGGUUCCAUCCCACUGCGAGAUCCCGGGGAACGAGUCCGCCGACGCCCUGGCAAACGAGGCUGCGACGCUGGCACAAGAAGACGUCAUGCUCGAUGUAGACACCAUCUACCGAGCGGCAGUCCGCACCGCCAGAGACCGCGCCGCAAGGGACAGGCCGACAUACCCGGACCCCGACCGCAAAGCCGCAACCGGGUGGUACAGAGAGCUCAUGGGUGCAAGAUGGCCAUCACCUCUCACCAACAUGGACAGGACGACAGCAGUAGACGUCCACCAGAUCCGCACUGGGCGCUGGAGCGGCUCUGCGCAGUUUCUCCAUUCUAUCGGACGAAACCCAUCUGCGGACUGCCCACAGUGCAGGAACCUCGACUGCCCUGCAGCUCGUUGCCCGCUGUGCGGCGAGCAAGCCGACACACCUCGACACAUCCUGCUGACCUGCCCGGGACUGAUGGGGGUUCGCCUCAGAAUCCCGGCGGUCGGCAACAUACUGCCGACGGUGGAGGAGGUCAGGCGCGGCGACACGGUGGCGGCCCUGGUGGCCGCCUUCAGGGCCCUCCAGAGCUGA